CGGCGGGCGGACCGGCGCGAGCGUGUAUGAGCGCCAGUCUGUGUGUGAGCGUGUGUGUGUACGCGUCAGUGGGCUAGGGACGAGAGCCCGGGGAGUGCCUGAGAACGCGGCAGCGCGGGCGGGAGCCGAACGAGCAGCGGACCGGCCGCGGCGAGGCGCUGUGGCGCUCGGGGCGGAGGGGCAGCCAUGCAGCCUCUCAGGGAAAAUAUUCUUUUUGGGAUGGGAAAUCCUCUUCUUGACAUUUCUGCAGUUGUGGACAAAAAUUUCCUUGAUAAGUAUGGUCUGAAACCCAAUGACCAGAUUUUGGCAGAGGAGAAGCACAAAGAACUGUUUGAAGAACUUGUAAAAAAGUUCAAAGUGGAAUAUCAUGCUGGUGGUUCUACACAGAAUUCUAUUAAAGUUGCUCAGUGGAUGAUUCAAAGACCCUUCAAAGCAGCAACAUUCUUUGGUUGCAUUGGCAUGGAUAAAUUUGGUGAGAUCCUGAAGAAGAAAGCUGCAGAAGCCCAUGUGGAUGCACAUUACUAUGAACAGAACGAGCAGCCCACGGGAACUUGUGCCGCCUGCAUCACCAGUGACAAUAGGUCCCUUGUUGCCAAUCUUGCUGCCGCCAAUUGUUAUAAAAAGGAAAAACAUCUUGACUUGGAAAAAAACUGGAAGUUGGUAGAGAAAGCCAAAGUUUAUUACAUAGCAGGCUUUUUUCUUACUGUUUCACCAGAAUCUAUAUUAAAAAUAGCUCGCCAAGCUUCUGAAAGCAAUAAGAUCUUCACUUUGAAUCUUUCUGCACCAUUUAUUUGUCAAUUCUUCAAGGAACCAAUGAUGAAAGUAAUGCCUUAUGUUGACAUCCUUUUUGGAAAUGAAACCGAAGCCGCCACUUUUGCUAGAGAGCAAGGCUUCGAGACUGAAGAAAUUAAAGAGAUAGCCCGGAAGGCACAAGCCCUGCCAAAGGUGAACUUGAAAAGGCAGCGAACUGUAGUCUUCACCCAAGGGAAAAAUGACACAAUAAUGGCCACAGCAAAUGAAGUCAUUGCUUUCCCUGUCUUGGAUCAAAACCAGAGUGAAAUAGUUGACACCAAUGGAGCUGGAGAUGCCUUUGUUGGAGGUUUUCUGUCCCAGCUGGUUGCUGACCGGCCCUUGACCGAGUGCAUCCGCGCGGGCCACUAUGCUGCCAGCAUCAUCAUUAAGCGCUCUGGCUGUACCUUCCCAGAGAAGCCAGACUUCCAUUGAUGAGCGCAAGGAAGAGCUCAGAUGGAAAGCCAGUGCCCAGAUUGGUUCCUGCUCAUCUCCCGCAUCACGGCUUCCAUACUCAUCUUACUAGAGAAGAACCUUUUCCUAUUACAAUGAUACAUACUCUUUAAUUUAGGGGGUACGAUGCUUAAGUAGAAGCUUUAUUCUCUCAUCAACUUGAAAAAGUGGUAUUAUUUACAUAAUUUAGUAGUCUCAUUCAAAUGUCAGUUACUUAAACAGUGUUAUAACAUUUCAUCUUACGCAUUUUCAAUUACUUUGUAAAUUCAUAUGUGUCUAGGAGACUGGCUAAUUUUUUAAAAUUUCUGCUUUGAACACAGUUUCAUAAUUUCAUAGGUAUGAAAAUGUAUCAAUCCUAACAUCAAUUUAGGCUUUUUUAUGGGUAUAUUUAAUUUAGGAGCAUAUAUGUAUAUAUAUAUAUAUGCAAAGCAUAUAUAUAUAUAUAUUAAAAUUAAGGUACAGAAAUAUUUAUGCUAAGCUUCUUACCAAGAUAUGCCAAAUAGUCUCUUCAACGCACACUUCAAACAUAUAAUGAAUUUUGGGUAAUUUAACAAUUUGCCAAAUUUUAGAUUAUAUUAAAAUAUUCAGAUCAUAACCUGAUACUUCCUGAUGGUACUAUGUAAUUUGAUACUGAUAAAAUAAACCUUAUGAGAUAUGAA